GCCCCAGUUCCACCAAAUCCAGCACCACAUCCACCACGUGGACGAGAACUUCGUUGACGAGCAGCACUUCCACAAGUAUCACAUCAACAAGCAGCACUUCGAGCGCAACUACUUCCAUCACGUGGAGCAGUACCUCAUCGACGAGCAUCUCGUUGACCAGCAGCACUUUCAGCAUGACAUCAUCAACAAGCACUUCGGCAAGCAGCACUUCGAGCACAAGGUCCACCACAACAUCUACCACGACAGUGCAGCCCUGCUGUCAUCACGGAUGACACUGAAGAGGUCUGUUAAGGACCUGAUCUUCCAGAUCGAGGAGCGCCAAAAGUUGGGGAGGGCCCAGGAGGCGCGCCAGGCUGCCCUGCUAGCCCAGCAAGAGGCGCAGCGGCGCCGCCGCCAGCGGCCUGCUGUUCAGCAGGCGCCGCAGGCGCCCCCAUCAGGAUCGAUCCUUUCGGCGCCGUUUCCGAUGCUCCUAGGCCGAGAGACGCAGCAGCCGACCAAAGUGCUCAUCGAGGCCUUCCCUCGACGAGAUGAUAGCCCACCGCGGAGUUCGGGUGCGCGCAUGCGUGCUGCAGCUCAGGCGCAGCUGGCGAAGUCCCAAGCGCAGCGCGUGGGAUUCCACCUGCGGAGCGAGCGCCGGCGCCUGCAAGAAACCUUCCAAGGUGAGGCACCUCUUUGA